GAUAAGGAGUUGAGCCACUCUGGCAGACCAAAACACAGUAGCAGAAACAUGGAUAACAUAACGGCGAGCGAGCUUGCAGGGUUUGGAGUAGGGACUCUGCUCCUAUGCGCCACCAUUGCUGCCCCAAAAAUCGACUCUUUCAUAGCUGCCUCUCAGCGCAGUUCGCUGGGAAUGUGCAAGAAAUGUGGGAACCUGAGGAUGAUUGCUUGCUCAAGAUGUAAAGGAGUUGGAUUUAUCAGAGAAGGCAUACCAUUUGGUUUAACAUUUGUGGAUGACCUGUACCAAUCAUUUGGGCCUGGUAACUUAAAAGCAAGAUCCAUUGCAUGUUCAACUUGUCAAGGCAAAGUCAGGGGAAUGUAAUGUGUGCUUUAGCUAAGCCGUUUCCUCUUCUGUAUGCACCUUUGGUCACGACAUUAUGAAGCAAUUUGUUGAUGUAUUAAUAUUAAUGUUGGCUUAUUUGGUGGUGUUGUGGCUAGGAACUCAAAGUAAGCCAUACGAUUAAUUUAUGAUACUCGUGAUUAAGUGGGGAUGGGUGUUUUAUUGUGAUAGAGAUAUUAGAAGUCUGCUAAGUCAAUAAUCUGGUUUUCUAUGUUUACUCCUAAGACUGCUAAUAUGUUGGCUCAUAUUUUACCUAACUAUUCUCUGUCAUUGUCUA